GCCAUGACAGCGACCUGGGUGCAUGUCGAGCAGGCACGGCUUGACCACUCAAAGAAUUGGAUUGCCUGUCUCGCACUCAUCGUCGCCACUAGCCCGUCACUGAGCCUAGCCUGAACACCAACCGCACGCCGCAGCAUGUCGCUCCUGCUGGCGCCCUAGUGAGAGGAUGUCGUGUGAUGGAUGAUGUACACAGCCCUGACUGACGAGCGUGAUUCCCCUUUCAGCAACAAUGCCAUGCGGCUGGGCCAGGGGUGAGUGUCCGUGCGUGGCCUGGCUUCUCACCCUCACCGCUCACGCCCUCGCUCUCUGUCGUCACCAGGUUCAACUCGUACACGCAGCAGAUCUGCAUCGACGACGCCGUCGUCGUGGACCCGGACCGGCCCGAGAAUGUGCUCAACAAUGGCGGCGUGACGAUGAAGAUGCUCGCGGAAAAGGCGGGCACGACGAGCGCGCUCCAGCGCAUGCCCGGCCUGCUUGAUGGAUCGUCAGAGGGCGAGUCAAAGAAGGCGACGGCUGAGUCGGGUAUGCCACGUGGGGCAGUACCGCCGCCGCAAAGGCAGAUGGAGAGCGCGGCCAAAGAAGAGAAGCCGGCAGCCAGAGAAGAGAAGCCAGCGGCCAGAGAAGAGAAGCCAGCGGCCAGAGAAGAGAAGCCAGCAGCAAAGGCGGUCGACGGCAAGGAGGCAAGGGCGGCCGAGAAGAAGGCAAAUCUGGACGCGGCGGCGAGCAAGUACGCCGAGGCCAAGUCGCUCAGCGAGAUCCUGGCCCAGCUCGAGGCGCUCAAGGCCAAGGUGGACGCCAAGACGACGGCGGGCAUCAUGGAUGUGCGCGCCAAGGCAAAUGAAAAAGCACUCGCCUGGACACCGGACCAGGCCCGGGGCCCAGCGCAGUCGGUCGAGUACCAGGCCAAGUUUGUCAACAAGCUGUCGGAGAUCACCGACGACAUGCGCAUCUCGGGCUCGCUCGCCAUCAAGUACAACGGCAUCGGCGGCUCGGGCUCGGGCAUGUUCUUUGACGCCGAGUCGUUCUACGACAGCGAUCUGGUGUACUACGUCUCGGUCAAGGUGACGAACCAGACGCUGUGCUUCAAGGACCCGCUCUCGUUCAACCCGCUGCGGUCGUGCAUGGCCGACCAGACGCGCUUCAACGACGUCUUUGGCGACACCUUCAUCUCGGGUUUCCUCGAGGGCGGCGAGUUCAACGCGAUCGUCUGCGUAAAGAUCCACAACACGGCCAAGAAGCGCGACAUCGAGGCGGAAGCCAAAGUCGCCCUCACUGCGGGGCCCGUCGAGGUGUCGGCGCAGGGCAACGUGAAGCUGGCCGAGGAGAACAUCAAGAACAACAGCCAGACGACGAUCUUUGUGCGCUGGUGCGGUGGGGGAAACGUCAAGCCGUACGACGACGAGUGGACGAUCGAUACGGUGAUGGCCGCCGCCGCGCGUUUUCCUGCGCUUGUGGGCCUCUACCCGCAGCGAACCUACGCGGUGCUCACGCGCUACGAGCUCCUGCGCUCGUUCCGCGAGCUGCGGCCGACGGCGCUGAGCCCGAUGCGCUACGAGGUCGCGCAGCUGUACACGGGCAUGCUCCUCGACGGCUUCAUGGAGUACAAGUCGCUGGCGAAGCGCCUCGCGGCCGACAUUGCCGACGUGCAGGCUGGCUUGAAGGUCAUCAUCCAGGGCGACGACGAAGGAGGGAUGCCACUCUCGCGCACGGUGCGCGACGCCGGCCUCGCGCGCUUCUCGCCCGACAUUCUCGGUCUCGAUCGCGCGCGAUCAGGCGUCAGAACGCAGAUGAAUGCCAUUGCACGCGAGAUUGAUCUCCUCACCGCGCAGCCGCAGCUGGCCGUCGAUCCACGCCGCCGCUCGCCCUUUGUGGGGCCCGGCUCGUUUGCCUGCCUGCUGCCCAGGGUGGAGCUCAAGGACAGCCGGCGGCGGACAACAGCCUCGCCGCUGGCGCUGAAGCCACUGGCACCCGUGGAGACCGCAGCAACACAGGACGACAAGACGGGUGAGGACGGGGCCGCGCGGCUGUUUGACCGGCGCAAGUGCCCCGGCGCGAUCCUGGAGCCCGAGGAGCACGCCAGCCUGUCCGAGCUCGAGUUUCUCGGCGGCGACGACAUCGGCCUGGCAUACAAGGUGUCUGCACCGGUGGGCGACGUGGCCGGCGGCACGCUGUUCAACACCCUCGACAUCUGCCAGGCCGACGCCACUGUCUCGGAGCUGGUGGCCGUGUGCGACGCGGCGAGCGGCGCGCUAGCCUCGCUCGUCGUCACCUUCCACAACGGCCUCUCGUGCACGUACGGCCGGCCAGUCACGCAGGCGCAGGUCGAGGGCUGCCCGCGCGAGCACCGCCUCGGGCCCAUCGACCUCGACAGGGAGUCGGUCGUCAGCGUGUCUGUCCAGGUGGGCGAGCUCGCGGGCGCGAGCCGCGUCGUCGGCCUCGAGGUGCAGAUCAGCCCCACGAAGAAGCUCAGCUGCCUGGCGCCACCGAGCAGCCGCACGGGCGAGCGCGUGCGGCUGCACGCCUUUGCCAACCUGGUCAAAGGGGGGUGUCUGGCCGGCUUCUGGGGCCGCACCGACAGCGAUGCAGAGACGGGUGACCUGCUGCGACUGGCGCCCAUCUGGGCCAGGCAGCCGGUGGCCAAAGCAUCGGCAGGCAAAGGCGCUUCGGGCGCAGCGAGCAGCAGUGCCCUCGAUGGCAUCUCGCGCUCCGAGUGGGUGUCGAUGAAGCAGGCAAAGACGAUCAGCUACCCCAAGGGCAAGCGCGCCGGGCCGCCUGCGCAGCUCCUCUAUGCGCCGCACUACCUCAAGCAGUCGGCAAAGGCAAGGGAAAAUGCAGAUGCGGCCUCGAACUCGAGUGGCCUCACCAUGGGUGCUGCCAUCAGCGAGGUGACCAGCCAGGGCUUUCUCCUGGCGACGCAGACGAGGGCCGAGGAGGACGCGCAGUUCACCCAGUGGAUGGUGCCUGCCGAGAUCGAGUCUGUGCUGGUCAACUGCGGCCUGGAGGCGUUUGCAGCGUCGUCGAAUGCACAGCCAUUCAGCCGCGAGGAGAGGCGCGUCGUCUUCCCCGCGAGCCAUGCCAAGGACGAGCCCGUGGAUGUGCAGUGCUACUUUGCAGGGAUCAAGGCACGCAGCCUGAGCCCGGACGGGGCCGUGCUUCACCUCCGCGCGUCCGUUGUGGCGGGCUCCCUCACAGCGCGCGGAUUCACGCUGCUGCUCGAGGCGCCAGAGGGGUGCAGCCCGCUGGCGAUCGACGAGGCCCGCAUCGGCUGGCUCUCGCACACGCGCUCCAAAGAAAAGGCCAACGCGUCGAUCGUGAGCGGGACGGCGCUCUUCGACGACCUCAAGCAGCCAUCUCGCUCAAUCAAGCUGACUCCAAGCUUGGAGCGGGACCCAAGCGCGCGCUUCUGGGGCCUCAACGAGAUCAGGGCCGGUCUCGCCAAGCCAAUCAGCUUUACCACCUCUGUCCUGCCCUCGUCUAGCAAGUCGCAGCUCGACCUCGAGGCAGGGAACCUGGGCAGCGACGUCAGCCUCCUGGGCCUGAGCUGGAUCCUCUGUGCAUGACCCCUCUCUCAAGUGUAGCUAUCUCAUCAGGCAACACCGGCCAAUGACUGAGCAAUCGCACCAGGCAAUGACUAGAGCAAUGACGCCAGCCAAUGACUAGAGCAAUCGCACCACGCAGCGGCAGUAGCUAGUCAUACCUCACGCAAGCGAAAGAGUGGAGCCAGACGGCCCUCACACCAGUUAGCUAGUCACUUCACAUGCGAGGCGGUGGCUGUAGCUGAAUAAGUCAGCAAGCAAGGCUCGCAGAGGCGCUCUUCUGCUCGGCCUGGACGACGUUGGACUGAAUGUAACAAGGAUCCCGUUGAAAUGAACAAAACAGU